ACGGGCCGAGGCCCAGCAAUGGGCGAACGCGGAGCUGCUGCUGCUGCUGCUGCAGCGGCGGGAACGGCGCCGGUGGGGACAAGGAAGCGGCGGGGAGCGGGGGGAACGCGGCAGAGCCCCGGGGCUGGGCAGGGAGACAGCGGAGAGGAGCCCGAUGGGGACUUCAGGUGCCACAAGGUGCAGGAGUCGCUGCUGAGCUCCUCCAGCGGCUACAGCAACUACCGGGGGGUCCUCAACUGGUGCGUGGUGAUGCUGAUCCUGAGCAAUGCCAGGCUCUUCCUGGAGAACCUCAUCAAGUACGGGAUCUUGGUGGACCCCAUCCAGGUCAUCUCCCUGUUCCUCAAAGACCCCUACAGUUGGCCCUCCCUGUGCUUGGUCCUCGUGGCCAAUGUCUUUGUCGUGGUGGCCUUGGCCCUGGAGAGACGCUUGGCAGAGGGCUCCCUUUCAGAGGGGCUGGGGGCUGCUCUCCACACCCUCAACCUCUUGGCCAUCCUCUGCUUCCCUGCCGGCAUCGUCUUCAUCGUCACCUCCAUCACCCCAGUUGGAGCUGUCUUCGCCUUGGCUGUCUACACCAUCAUCUUCCUCAAGCUCUUCUCCUUCAGGGACGUCAAUAAAUGGUGCAGGGAGAGGAGGAGGAGGGCACACAGCCCCGCCCCAGAAACGGCAGGAGCCAAGAAAGCCAACGGGGCUGUGGGGCUGAAGGUGGUCACCUACCCAGCCAACCUCACCUACAGGAACCUUUACUACUUCCUCUUUGCCCCUACCCUCUGCUAUGAGCUCAACUUCCCUCGCUCCCCACGCGUCCGCAAGAGGUUCCUGCUCAGGAGGCUCCUGGAGAUGCUCUUCCUGAUCCAGCUGCUGGUGGGGCUGAUCCAGCAGUGGAUGGUGCCUACAAUCCAGAAUUCCAUGAAACCCUUCCGGGACAUGGAUUACUCCCGGAUCAUGGAGCGGCUCCUGAAGCUGGCAGUGCCCAACCACCUCAUCUGGCUCAUCUUCUUCUACUGGUUCUUCCACUCCUGCCUCAACGUGGUGGCCGAGGUGAUGCAGUUUGGGGACAGGGAGUUCUACAGAGACUGGUGGAACUCAGAGUCAGUCACCUACUUCUGGCAGAACUGGAACAUCCCCGUCCAUAAAUGGUGUCUCAGGCACUUCUACAAACCCCUGCUGAAGUGGGGGGCCAACAAGUGGCUAGCCCAGAUAGCAGUGUUCCUCACCUCCGCCUUCUUCCAUGAGUACCUGGUGAGUGUUCCCCUGAAGAUGUUCCGGCUCUGGGCCUUCAUGGGGAUGGCAGCACAGAUCCCGCUGGCCUGGCUGGUGUCGCGCUUCCUGCGGGGCAACUACGGCAACGCGGCGGUCUGGAUCUCGCUGAUCAUCGGCCAGCCCAUCGCCGUCCUCAUGUACGUCCACGACUACUACGUCCUCAACUAUGAAGGCACCCAAUGAAGGUGGCCCUGGGGUGGCCACCGCCAGCUCCCCCCGCUCCUGGUGACCUGUGGGUGGCCCAGCUGCCGCCAGCACCCCCAGCGCUGCCGGGAAUCGAAUGUCGGAUCAAUGCAAUAUCCCCUGCCCCCCACCCCCACCUCAGGAGGUACUGGUGGGACCCCAUGCAGACGUGGCCUCCACCAGGCCCCUGGGGGCAUGAGGGACACCAGGAGGUCCCCACCAAGGUCUCUGGUUGUCCCCUGAGCUUUAAGUGGCCUCCUUGGCGUUCAGGCACUUUAAGGGAUUGGCCUUGCCCCUGUCGUGCUCCUCAGUGGUGGGAGGCUCUUGGCCCUGCCCUGGAGCUUCUGCUCCACCCCCUGCCCGUGGUCCCACCCCAGGUGUCCAUGAUCCUGCCCAAGGUGCCCAUGUUGGUUCCUGUGAUGCCCAUGGUCCUGCUGCUGGGGUCCACCUUGGGUGCCCUUUGAUCUUCAUGGUCGCCACGGUGGUGACCAUGGUCCUGCCCUGCUCUGGUCUCACUCAGCCACUUUUUAACCUUCUCCAGCUGGUUCCUGUCCAAGCCCAGUGAUUAAAAAGGGCUUUUUGUGUUUUUUGGACAA